UAAAUUAUCUCGAACUCACAAACUUCACUAAUUAUUUUCAUUUGAUUAUGUUUUACAUAUUACGAGAAUAAGAUAUAUUUGAGAUCAUAAUAAAGGUGCUGAAUUUAAGAAAACAGCAAUAGAGUACAUGAAGUGUUCUCCAAAUGAUGUCUCUAAAGCCUAGGAAUGUGGACUUUCAGGAGACUUGGGCUAACCUUAAGGAAACUGUGGCGGGAGUUGUAGCUCUCCGUGCAGUAGAACGGGCUGUGUGGAACACUCGUUUUUCUGACGUUUAUGCACUCUGUGUUGCUCACCCAGAACCACUUGCAGACCGACUUUAUGAUGAGACAAAAAACUUCUUGGAGGAACAUGUUGGUGGCCUUCUCCAAAGGGUCAAAGGAUCAUCAGAGCUUGAAAGCAGUGAUUAUAACGAUGGACUUCUCACAAGAUACGUGACAGCAUGGCACGAAUUCAGUCAGGGCGUGGCGUACCUCAACUCACUCUACUCUUAUCUCAACCUGCAGCAUGUCAAGAGACAAAAGGUGUCAGACGCAGAGAUAAUAUAUGGCUCGGCUGCCACCGUCAGCUGUCCUGAACAUGAUACGAGACAGCUGGAGGUCGGCGAGCUGGGUCUGCUGACGUGGGAGCGCGUGCUGGUCCGGCCGCUGUCGGGGGCGCUCAGCUCCAGGCUGGUGGCGGCGCUCAGCGCGGCGCGGGACUCCGCCCCGGACCCCGCCGCCGCCGACGCGCUGCGCAGCGCCAUACACAGCGCCGUGCACGUGCAGGCGUUUCGCGUGCGAGCUCCGCUUUCGCUAUAUCAGCAACUGGUGCUGGAGCCGUUUCUGGCGGCGGCGACCACCUACCACUCGCGUCGCGCCGCGAGACUCCUGGCCGAGGGGGACGUGUCGCACUUCAUGAAACACGUUCUCGAUGGUCUCGAGCGCGAGGUGUCGCUGGCGCAGCGCUUCCUGCACGCGUCGUCGCUGGAGAGCGUGCGCGCGUGCUACGAGCGCGCGUGCGUGGCGGCGCACCUGCCCGCGCUGCACGCCGACGUGGAGCGCCUGCUGCGCGAGGCCAGCGCGGGGGGCGCGGGCGGCGCGGGGGGCGCGGGCGGCGCGGGCGGCGCGGCGGCGCGGCGCGACGACGUGCGGCGCAUGUACGCGCUGCUGCGGCCGCUCGGGCCCGCCGCGCUGCGCCCGCUCGUGGACGCCGCGCACCAGCAGGCCGUGCGCGACGGGCUGGCGCUGCUGGACGCCGACCACCCGCGCGACGAGGCGCACGCACACUUCGUACAGGCGAUGCUGUCUCUGCACAGCAAGUAUAGCGCGCUGUAUGCCGACGUGUUCGGUGGAGCGCAGCCGUUCGUCGGCGCUCUCGACAAGGCGUGCAGCGCGGUGGUGAACCGGCGGCGAGCGGGGGAGACCUGCGCGCGCGCGCCCGAGCUGGUGGCGCGGUACUGCGACGCGCUGCUGCGCCGGCGGGGGGCGGAGGCCGACGCGGACGAAAAGCUGUCCGCCGCCAUCGUCGUCUUCAAGUACGUCGACGACAAGGACGUCUUCCAGAAGCACUACGCGCGCGCACUCGCCAGAAGGCUCAUCCACCAGCUCUCCGCCUCCAUGGAACAGGAGGAGGCGAUGAUAAACCGUCUGAAAGCGGCCUGCGGGUACGAGUUCACGAACAAACUACACCGGAUGUUCACCGACGUUGCCGUCUCAGCCGAUCUGAAUGCAAAGUUCCAGCAAUACUUAAGAGAUAAUAAUUUGAGUACAAACACAGGAUUCUUCAUACAGGUGCUGCAGGCCGGCGCGUGGCCGCUGGGCGGCGCCAUGGCCCCGCUCGCCCCGCCCGCGCAGCUGGAGCGGCCGGCGCGCCUGUUCGAGGCGUUCUACCGCGCGUCGUUCAGCGGGCGGCGGCUGGCGUGGCUGCACCACCUGUGCACGGGCGAGCUGCGCACGCGCUACACGGCGCGCGUGUACCACGUGAGCGCCAGCACGCCGCAGUGCGCGCUGCUGCUGCUGUUCGAGGAGGCGGACGAGCUGAGCGCGCGGGAGGCGCGCGACGCGCUGCAGCUGGCGGGCGACGCGUGGGCGCGCCACGUGCGGCCGCUGCUGGACGCCGGCCUGCUGGCGGGCGACGCCGACGGCACGCUGCGCCUCAACCUGGCCUUCGCCUGCAAGCGCACGCGCCUGCGCCUCACGUGCGCCGCCGCGCCGCCCGGACAGGGGGGCGGCAACGGAUCGGGAUCGGGAUCAGGGGGUUCGGAGUCGACGCACUGUGACGACGACCGCAAGAUGUACCUCCAGGCUGCCCUGGUGCGCAUCAUGAAGCAGAGAAAGGUUCUCCGUCACACGGAACUAAUACAGGAGGUAGUAUCUCAAGCGAGGGGCUCAUUCGCGCCGUCUGUAGCAAUGAUAAAGAAGUGUAUCGAAGCAUUAAUAGACAAGCAAUACCUGGAGCGGGCGCCGGGCACCCUCGACACGUACUCGUACCUCGCGUAGGACACACGGCGACACGUCCCCGAACAUCUCGACACGUUUCGACACGUCCCGACACGUCUCGAUAUCGCGUCACGCAACUGAAAAUAUUUUUUUAAAAACAUAUUGUAAAUAAAUAUUAAAAAUGAAUAAUAUAAAAAAAAAACAAUGUGCUUUAUUAUGAUUUCGCUUCCAUUUUAAUGUUUUCGUCAAAUGUCACGGUGUCGAAAAUCGUUAUACGAUGUUAAGGUUGAAUAUAGAAAUAAAAAAAAAGCGGGAAAUUAAAUAAACGGUGUCGGUUUUCAUGCUGUUUUAAGUAAAUAAGGCUAUUCUAUAAGAACUAACUCGCAACUCAAAUAAAACGAUCGUGAAAUGUCAGAAACAGUGUUCACCCAAAACAGUGCCCGUAAAAUUAUCGUACGUGGAGCAAAGUUAUCGUACAUCAGGAUAAUGAUUAUAAAAUACAAUAAUAUUAUACAAAAUCACAACAAUAUAUUUCAAAUAACUUGUAAAUCAGCAGUAAACUAAAAAAAAAAGAACAUCGUACGUAGUUAUGAAAUUAUCGUACGGUUGUGAACCCUGGUCAGAAAGUGGUAUGCGACAUUGACCAUUAUAAUCAAACAUUUCUAUAAUACACGCGUCAAAAUAGUAUAUCAUCACGUCCUCAUAAUAUUACAAUAAAUAUAAGUUGAAGGGAAGAAAAAUUUCGAAUAUGUUUAAAUACUACAACCAAGGAUAUGUGAAUGACUAAUUUUAUUUUUUGUUACAUGCGUUUGUUUAUGAGUCGUUUACUCACCUUAGCGCUCGGCACACGGUACUAACUAAUUGAGACUUCGAGCGUCAGUAACAAGUAAGCGUAAUAUUUCGAGCGUCAGAUGACGUUAGCGUAAGAUUUCGCACGUCAGAUUCAAUCGUCAGAGUCUCGUGAACCUUAGCACUCACACCAUUAUAUUUACUUUGCAAAAUUAACAAUGUAAAUAACAAAUCAUAUGAUUAUCUUUCGAAUAUAAUGGGAUUUACGUGAAAAGGUUUCUAAAUCUUUUACUUGUAAUCUGUGACGUCUCAGUAUUUAUUUCAUAAUAAUAAUUUAUAAGGGUUUUGCCUAUCAUAUACAGAUUGUCACGCCAUUCAAAAUUAAUAAAACUGUUUUACAUUUAAUGUCCGCUCUACAUUCUGGCGUUCCCCGUUAAGGUAGGGACGACGGGAGGUGUUUAGAGGAACGAUUCGCAUCUAAAUUUCGACCGCGAUUCAUGGGCGAGUGUAAGUCCAGCUUAAUACAUAAUUGGCAAAAUUACUAUAAUAUAUUCUAGUUAAUUGACUAUGAUAUAUAUGUUGGAAUAUGAAUUUAAAAAAUAAUUGCAAAAAGUAUUUACGUUUAAACCUUGUAGCUUUGACGUCUCGGUUGGAGAAAAAUUUGCAAACAUACUUACAGCUUAUUGAAAAAAAAAUUUGACAAGAUAAAAAUAGUAUGAACAUCGAUGUCUUCUUUUGUAUAAAUAGAUCGGAUUCUAUUAAAAAUAUAUAUAACCAAUCUACAUCCUAAUGCGAACAAAGAUAGAAAAUAGAGGGUAGAAAAUCCAGAGGAAUUUCCAACGAAGGACAUGUAACGUGUUAUGAAAUUACCAAUAUUUUCGAUCAACGUUUCGCAAUAAAAUAACGACUGGAACCAAUUUUGAUAUUAUAAUUCCCAUUAAUGAAAUAACAACUAAUAUCUUGCUAAACGUACUUCUCAAUUAUUAUUUAACAGCCCCGAACAAAGCCAGGACUAGACUAAAUAAAAUAGCUAAUGCUUAUAUAAAUGGAAGGUUUUGGGUGUAUAAUUAAUUAAGGAUUCGUAAAAAUUUGCUGAAAUAUAACGAUAAAAUUUAAAGAUGUCUGACGAAAUCAUGCAGACUGGGAGCUUUACAGACGUGUUCCAAUUACACCAUUAGAGUUGAUAUGUAAAUGUUAUAUGUUGACCAUUAUUCUACCGCUACGAAACUAGGUAGCUUCAAUUUAAUUUAUUAUUAUUAAUUUUAAUUCAUAUAUACAAGUUCCAGUCUUAUUCGUUUACAUGAGGUAGGUUUCGAAGUAACCCAAAGAAAAAAAAAAAACAAAAAAAAAAAACUUCUAUCAUGGCGUCAAUGCGUUAUUACAAGGUCAUAAUAAUAAAUAAGCAACCAACACCGAGCGUCCAAGCGAAGUUUUAAAUCGCGUACGAGUCCGUUAAAAUAGAUACAUUUUGUAACAUAUAUAUUUAUCGUUUUAUUAUUUUUGUUUUAUUUUUAUACUGUCUACUUUAGAAAUGAAAUAGAAUUUAUCUCCUAUGAUGCAAUCAGUUCGCUUGGUCGCAUCACCAUUUUUAUAAACUCGUAUAACGAUUGCGAUCGAUUAAAAUGUGAACUAAACAGAGCUUUGACUUAAAUAUAAAAACAUUGUUAGAAAAUAACACCAACUACAAGCAAUAAUUAUACAUGAUUGAUUUGUAUAUCAAUAUUAUGAGAAAUUACACAGCACGCAGAAUAUUUUUAUAUGUAUUAUAACGAUAUUGUCACGCACGAAAAUAGUUAUAUAUUGAUAGCCGUUUUGCUUAAAUUGUCAUUAAAAUAUGUAAUCAAUUAUAUUUUCUUUUAAUUUAUUGAUUUAUUUUCCAAAUUAUUUAAUGUAUGUAAUAGAAUAAUUAACUUGCAAAUAGUUCGGUGUUCGUCAAUUGUGCUAUUUAAUUAAUGAUUAAAACAAAUGGAUAUGAGUGAAGUGCAAGUGUUGCAUUAUCUGUUUUUUUUAAUUGAUAUGGUCAAAACUUCAUUUGAAUUUUGCGCAAACGCACAAAUCAUAAAAACAAAAAAAAAACUGAACGUGACAACAAUGUGACAUUUCAGUGGUGUGGCUUUAACUAUUAAAAUAUUAAUAUUAAUUUCGCGUGACUUCUUUUCGUUUCUUACACAAAAUAUUUUUUUUAAUAAAAAGAGAACGCAGUGUUCUCAAUAUAAGCUUUUCAAAGUUUGAUCGUAGCUGCAAUUAAAAAAAAAUGUAUAUUUUAGGUUAUAUGCAAAGUUAGUUGUAAUAUUAUUGUUACUCCAUUGUCGAAAUACAAUAUAUAUAUUUUUAAUAGUUAAAUCUUAAAUAAAAUUGUUUGUUUUUAAUAAUGUAUCAGUAAUUUUAUAUUGUGUUAUUAUAAAAAAAUAGUUUUAAUUAAUAAUUGAUUUGUACAUUUAUAAAACAUUUUGAUAAGGAUGAUUUUUUUUAUUAUCUAAAUUGUUUAAUCUGUGAAUGUUGUUGCUGAUCGUGGGUACGCGUGAACGCUGCGGUAACUUAAAUGAAUUAUUAACAAUAAACAUUGUACGGAUGCCGUUA